AUGAUGAGGCUGAGUUAUGCCUUUUUCUUAUGGCGAUUUCUAUCUUCUUCCCCAAUUCGCCAUGAAUCAGGUAAAUCCCUCUGCUGCUCUCAAUACUCGCUACAUUCUCGUUGUUUCUGUACAAAAGGAGCUGUUGCUAAAUUCAAUUUCCGUGAAGAAAUUAAGAACAUUAAUGGGUUGGAUGAUGCUCUUUGCCUGUAUGAGAACAUGUCGAGAACGAGGCCUCUACCAUGUGUUGUUCAGUUUACUCAAUUGCUCUCGCGUGUGGUCAAUCUGAAAGAGUACUCUGCUGCUAUUAACCUUUUCAAAGACAUCUGCAGUUUAGGGGUUUCAGUCAAUGAAUACACUAUGAAUAUUGCUAUCAACAGCCUUUGCCUUUCGGGCCGGGUUGAUUACGGGUUCUCUGUUCUGGGUUGGUUCUUCAAGCUUGGCUGUUCUGCGGAUGGAUAUACCUUCAACACCUUACUGAAAGGCCUGUUUCGAGAGAAGAUGAUUAACGAAGCACAAGAGUUGAUAAGGAAGAUGGUUGGAGAAGGGCUUUGUGAGCUAAACGUUGUAACUUGUGGUAUUGUGGUCGACGGGCUUUGCAAGGUUGGUAACACCUCAAUGGCCAUUGAAUUCCUCAGAACAAUGGAAAAAGGGACACUGAAGCCCAAUGCAUAUAUAUAUAGCAUUGUUAUUGACGGCUUGUGUAAGGAUAGAAUGAUAGACUCAGCCUUGGCACUUUUCAACGAAAUGCCCAAGAAGGACAUCCUACCCAAUGUCGUUACGUACAGUUCUUUGAUACUUGAACUUGGAUACUCCAGCUCGGCUGAUUUAUCCAAAGGGAAUUUUUUUUUUUUUUAA